AUGGACGACCAAAACAAUUUUGGCGCGCAGUCGACUCUAUCGAUGCCCGCCGAGUCGAUACCUGUCGAGUCAAUACCUAUCGAGUCGAUACCCGUCGAGUCGAUGCCAUUUGAGUCGAUGUUCAUCAAGUCGAUACCUAUUGACCUAACAUCUACGCCUGCGACUAACUGGGACAAUCAAAGCCAGCUUAUCCUGUCCUUCGAGUCGAUGCCCAUCGAGUCGAUACCUGUCGACCUAACAUGUGCGCCUACGACCAUUAGCGACGAGGGCGUCAAACUGCAGUUUGACCCCAAAGUGAUCGAAAAAAAGUAUAUCGAAGAGCGCGACAAACGCCUUCGCGAUGAUGGUAUCGACCAGUAUGUGCGUUUGGAUCAAGAGAGACAAUCAGAUCUAUAUGCAGGUUCACCUAGUCCUCGGGACCCUAUUAAGAAAGAAGUUGACUUCCUAAUCAUGGGAGGUGGGUGGGGUGGUCUUCUUAUUGCUGUGAGAUUGAUUCAAAUGGGAAUCACCAACAUCAAAAUUGUGGAAAAGGCAGGGGACUUUGGUGGCGUGUGGUAUUGGAACAGAUACCCCGGGGCGGCCUGUGACACCGAAUCGUAUAUUUACAUGCCACUGCUAGAAGAGAUGGGUUAUAUACCAGUCGAAAAGUACGCAAAGUCGCCUGAGCUGCGGAAGCAUGCCCGUGCCAUUGGCACCAAAUUCGGCCUGUACGACAAAGCCCUCUUCCAGACCGAAUUACUUGCACUUGACUGGGAUGAGGAAAGUAAGCGUUGGGCGGGAACAACAAACCGUAACGACAACAUCAGGGCCAAAUUCGUGGCAACGGCAAGCGGCCCACUGCACAAUGCAAAGGUUCCAAGGAUUCCUGGCUUAGAGACGUUCAAAGGACAUUCCUUCCAUACCAAUCGCUGGGACUACGCUUAUACCGGAGGGGAUACCCUGGGAAACUUAGACAAGAUAUCAGAUAAGCGUAUCGGUAUCAUUGGGACAGGAGCAACAUCAGUUCAAGCGAUCCCGCAUCUCGCAGCAGGUGCCAAACAUCUCUACGUGUUCCAGCGCACUCCAUCCUCUGUUGACGUUCGAAACAACCAACCUACUGACCCGAAAUGGGUUGACAGCUUAACGCCUGGAUGGCAAAAGCGGAGGAUGGAGAACUUCAACACUAUUGUCACUGGUGGCCACGCCGACGAAGACCUGGUUGGGGACAACUGGACCGACAUUAUUCGUAAACUGUCGGUUUUGGGUGGGAAAAAUCAAUCAACAGCUUCAGCAGACAAUGCGGCGGCCCGACAGCUCGCUGAUUUUCAAAAGAUGGACGAAAUUCGUGCUCGGAUAGACAACACAGUUCUCGAUCCAGCGACUGCUGAGAAGCUGAAGCCAUGGUACAAUCAGUUCUGCAAGCGACCCUGCUUUCACGACACUUAUCUUCCUGCAUUUAAUAACCCUAAUGUUACUUUGGUAGACACCGAUGGUCAAGGUGUCGAGAAAAUCACCGAAGAGGGCAUUGUUGCUGGUGGAAAAACCUACGAGCUUGACUGUAUUAUUUACGCCACCGGGUUUGAAUUUGUCGUCAACCAUACAAACAAGUCUUCACUUACUAUUCGAGGUCGUGAAGGACUUGAACUUUCAGAGAAGUGGAAAUCUGGUGCAUCUACACUCCAUGGCCUUCAUAGCAGGGGGUUCCCUAACCUUUUUAUCGUCAGCCUUAUGCAAUCGGGCCUUACCCCUAAUCUAACCCAUAUGCUUGACGAGCAGGCCAUCCAUAUUGCCUACAUCGCUUCGUACUGUGUGGAGAAUGGCAUCGAAGCCGUGGAAGCCACAGCAGAGGCCGAAAACAAAUGGGUUCAGACUGUUGUUGAGCUUGCGAGACUUCAACAAGAAUUCACGAAACAAUGCACACCCGGCUACUACAACAAUGAAGGGAAGGUAUCUGACGUGGUGCUUCGAAAUUCCUGGUACGGACUCGGAUCCCCCGCCUUCAUUGAACUCCUACGGAAGUGGCGAAAGGAAGGGAAACUCGAUGGCCUCGCAUACGAGACAGCACACUGA